AUGGGUGCCGAGGAUAUACCGAUUCUCCUCUGCUCAAAAGCUUCGCGGUGGCAAUUUCGUCGGCGGUACGAACAAGCCGCGUUGAUGGUGAUACAUGCCUGGCAUGACUGGCUGGGUGCUGUUGGCACGCAUGCUUUCUUUAGUCGAGAGCAUCUAUCGCACGCUCUGGGCUUCCUCCCUUUAGCCCUUGAUGAGACCUGCGGUAUCUCCAACGACCGCUCUAUCCGGAUCUUGCAUGUCGUCCAAUGCCGUUUAAGCGCGUCCGGCCGGUUAAAUGACGCUUGGCAAAAGAUGCAUUCGUGUGGGCGCCGUGCGCUCAUGUUAAUAACAGACUGCAUGAUUGAUGAGCGCCACCCUGAAGAAUGUGGAGGUUAA